GGUGGUGGGUUUGGAUGUGUGGUACCGGUAUGAAGGGAAUAGUAUACAUGCCAUUGUUAUAGUCAUGCAGCAAGUAUCAUCUCUGGAAACUAUAUAAGACUGCUGUUCAGCAACCAAUACCAAAUAAAACUUCGUGUUAUCCGUGUUGAAUACUCGUCGUUUGUCAAAAACGACAGGUCUAAUUUGUGGGAAUUCUGUUGGACGAUAUUCUUCGGAUCUGGAAAUAGGUGGAUCCUGUUGCGGAUCGAACUCAGCUCCGUAUUGUACCGUUUCAAAGGAAUCCGCCACCUCCUGAGCUUUCCUCCAAAAAUACAACCCUUAACGAUGACCGUGGAAUUAACGAGCAUGUCUUCAAAAUCGUAACAUUUAUGAAAUUCUUCGUGACAACUUUACUCUUUGAUUUGAGAAAAGAAGCAGAAUCUCAAUCGGAUCUGUAAAACUCUUAACCCGGAACGGAUUCGGGCAUCAUUCAUUCGCCAUUCACAGUGGUUCGCUUUUGCACAACGAUUUUCUUUCUUCAUAAUUAUUCAAGAAAGAUCCGAGUUCGGAUGUCAUUUACUUUAGAUACACCGAGCAGAAUAUGCACCAACAAAUUUGUUAUGAUGCCAUUGAAAUGAAUUCAUUAGUUUUGUGCAAAUGGAAUCUCGGACAAAUUGUACUAAAAGCAGUAUAAAGACUUUUGAUGGAUUUCGGUCGACAAGGAAUUUUGAGGGAUUCUUCGAUAAGGGAUUUUUCUUGACUCAAGUGCUAUGUUUUGUAAAAACCUGAAAGCUACUAACGUAAGUUGUUUCAUUCAUAACUUAUGAAUGAUCUCAUUUUCACCUGUGAUGUUGAAGUACGGUACACUUGAGAGAUAUACCUUUCAGUACAUUAACUAUUUUUAACGUUUUAUAAUUCAUAAUAUGCACCCAGAUUGGCCUUGCUUUCUAGGAAAAACAUAUAACAGUUCAACUUAAGGCCUAUAUUUGGAAUAACAUGGAUUAUGCCGGUGGCUUAUUUUAUUGCUCUCAUGUCCUGGCAAGUUAUAGCGACGUUCGAGGGUAACGAAAUGUCACUGGGGCUGUGAAACACUAUUCCUCAACUUUGUCUGGAGAUCCAUUGGAUGCGGGAUAGGAUGUGAUCAAACUUUCAUCGAUAAUAGGACAGUACUUACAGGGUUACAGUAUCUGCCUUCAUACUUUGUAGCGGAGUAUUUUCAUAAUUAUUUUCUUCUUCGAUCUACGCAGCAAUCAUGCUAAUAGACACAGCACCUCCCUUUCGAACAAAAUAACACCUGGUUCCCCAGGUCAGGCUUAAAUAAAUCAAUUGAGUCUAGACCACUUCACGCACCUGUCGAUGUUUAUAUACAGCGUUAAGCAGAACAGAAGCAUACAUUUGCAUAUAGCAAAAUGUCGAGAUUUUCUUAACAAUCAAUUAUACACUCUCUUGAUUGGUAUGACAAUUGCGAGGGAAUUGCUGUGCCUUGCUAUUCGACUUAUUGGAGCUCGCAGCUGACAAGAACAAUGACGAAAAUAUUUGAGGUGAUACUGAGGCUUUUGUCUCGGCAUUUCGCCUUUCUGCGGAUCUACCAGGCGUACCUUCAGCGCACGAAGCGGACAAUUUCCACGGAAAAUCUUUUAGCGACGAGGGAUUGUGAUUCAGAGACGUUUGGCCUCAAACGAAGAAGACAUACCGACUGUGUGAUAAAGACCAGAGAAUAUCACUCAGCAGAGGUAUAUUGUCGAGAUUCAAAUAAGAGGAAUAAACCGGUGGGAUUGCAGAGUGCCUUUAUUUUAAAAGGAGAUACUGAAUUUCAAAUGGAGGAGUCGAUGAUGAAUACAAACUUUAGGAUCAUAACGCAUCAGCAUGCGUCAAGGACAACAUACCACUGUGUCUCGGAUAAUAAUAAUGAUACUGUUUCAGUGAGGCCGCGAGAUCUUCUUACGGACGACUUUCAGGUCGAAGGUUUGAUCGGCAGCGGUGGUUUUGGAUCGGUGUUUGUUGGGAAGUACUGCGGUCGACGAGUGGCCGUCAAGGUGUUACGACCACGCCGGAAAAACGCUGAAGCCAUGCUGCAGAGCUUUCGCGCAGAAGUCAACGCCCUGUACUUAAAGCACGAGAACAUCGUCAAUGUACUAGCCACAAGUGCCGUAGAGGAUUUCGAGGCUGGUGCUUUUAUCAUCAUGGAGUACGCGGGGAAGAGGAAUUUACAGCAACUGAUCAAUGAACCAUCCGAAAGGUUACCGCUGGCACGCCGUGCAAAUUUUGCUCUUCACAUCAUCCGUGCCUUACAAUACACCCACGCACAUAACAUCGCCCACUUGGACGUCAAACCAGCAAAUAUCAUUGUAGAUGAUUAUGACGUAUGUCGCUUGUGUGAUUACGGAUGCUCUCAGCAGGUCUUUGGGUCAAAUGGCAAAGGUCUUCGAAGCCCUACGAAUCGGUCGUACUUGACCGGCACUUGUGGGUACCGCGCCCCGGAGCUCUUGUGUGGUGACGCGCCGACGACCAAAGCCGACAUCUAUUCGUUCGGGAUCACACUUUGGCAGAUGCUGACGCGAGAGACGCCAUACGCUGGGGAGAAUCAUCACGUCGUCAUUUUCGGCGUCGUCGCCAAGGACAUGCGCCCGAAGCUUCCCGGCAACGAGAACGAGACGGAAAACGACUGGUAUCGUCGGCUCAUCACGAAGGCCUGGCCGAAGCAACCCGAAGACAGACCGACUGCCAGGGAGUUACUGAAAGAGCUGGAGAUGCGACUCGGUGUGGACGACGUCGCUUGAACGAUUGUGCCGGCAGCCGAACUCCCAUCUACCAGUUGGUGAAUGUCAGCUAUUGAUGGUUGAAGUUUGGUGCUCCAGAGCAAUAUUUUAUCGUCGCAUCUAACAUCCUUGAGAUGCCAUCUUUGGCUAGUUGCAGUUCAUCCGGUGACAUCUAUUGAACUGCCCAUUGUCGUCAACCGCGAUUUGAGUCUUCAAAAUACUAUAGGUUCUCCAACAUACUUGCGCAGGUCUAUACGUCUAAAAACAUUUCUUAUCGACGUAAUAUCUUUUUUAUUGUGAUAUAUCAAUCGAUUGUACUAAUGACAUUAAUGACAUAUUCAAUGAUAUUCAUUUUCAUUAGCUAAUCAUUCUGAGUUUUUAAUGAUAUCACCCUUCCUUAGCAACUGCCAUAUAGUACCCUAUAAGUAUACGUGAUACAUUACGCUUCUCUUUCGAGAGUUUUUAAUCGUUGUUAUUUGUGAAAAAUCUAAAAAUUUGUAGUUAAAAUCGCUAAUGGAUUCAAUCGAUCAAACAAGCAGGCGCCGGCAGAUCGAGGCAAAUCCGGGUAUAUCUAUUUCAUGAUUAUCGUGAUGAUGAAUACAAAACCAUGACGUCACAAUCAGGGUUGGUUUUCAUGAACCACUUCAGUAAGUGCCUCAGAUUUAAUUGUGAUAAUGACUAACAUGAAUAAUUUAAUGUCGAAUUCCCUGAUGUUCUUCUAUAUAAAGAUAAUAAUGUUACCAGUGACUACUGUAUUUAAAAUCAACUAGUAGA